GUUUUGUUGAAAUAUGAGUACAGAGCAGAAAACCAAGCACGUAAUCUACAAUACGUCGAGAAAAAUAUGCAAAGAGGUUGGCGAAACCGUCAACGUGGAAUUUUCACCUGAUGCUUUGGACUUAAUUGCCGAAUUUGCUUACAAAAAGAUACUGCUAAUGGGGUCUGAUUUAGAUGCUUUCCAAAAACAUGCCAAAAGAUCCACAAUAACUUCUGAUGAUGUUAAAUUGCUGGUUAGAAAUAAUGAAUCAUUGAAAGAGCUAGUAAAUAACAAGCUUCAAAUAAUAGCAUCAACUAAACCAGCAGGUGACACAACAGUUGCUGCUAAAAGAAAGAGAAAACCCAAUAGUAUUACCAGUACAACUGCAUCAACAGCUACGACUUCCACUACAUAGUUUUUUGUAUUUUACCAGUAUCUAUUCAAUGAAUAGUAUUCAUAAUAAAAAAGUUUGUGAAUAUGUAUUUUAAUUCGAAAGUGUACCAGUCAAUAGGAG